AUGCAAUGUCGAGUGCAGUGCUGUUGUAUGGAUUUGGUAUAACUAGGACGAAUGUCAUCGCCAUACGUCGACCAAGUUCGCUGCUUCCUCAUACCCAUCCUCCGCCAAUAUGCCCAUAGUCUUAAAUGAUUCCAGUUGGUCGCCGGACAUCAAUGCGAAUAGGAUUUUCAGUUAUUUUGCAGUUGCAGCCUUUGCUGGGGGGAUGUAUGAUUGGACAUUGACAUUCGGGAAAGAGGUCGAACUGAUCUGGAGGCAACGCUGGUCCCUCGUGACUUUUCUCUAUAUCAGUGCGCGCUAUCUUGGAAUGUUAUAUAGUGUGACCCAGAUGCUGCUCAAUAUUCCAACAAUCCCACUCACAGAUGUAGUGAGCCUUAUCGUGUACUUCACACAAAAUUGGACAAAUAACACCAUCACUGUAAUACUGGACGUCAUCAUGAUCACUCGGUUACAUGCCAUGUACCAGCGAUCCAGAAAGGUCCUGAUACUUCUCGGUGUCGUCUUCCUGGUUGUCAAUAUCGCGAACAUAGCGAUCAGCGCAAUAAUAACGAACCAUACUAUUUCGGGGGAGGAGCUCAUUCUCUCCGGCACCUAUCAGUGCACUAUGAACUCUGAGGCAGAUCUCGCGCCUCUGGCGUCCAUGAUUUGGAUACUGUGGACUGUAUGGGAGGUCCUCGCACUGUGUCUCGCUGUCUGGAUUGCUGUAAAACACUUCCGAGAACUGCGACGGCAAUCGGCAGGAGGGAUUCUCGGAGACUGUUUCACGGUGUUGAUGAAAUCUCAUGUGGGCUACUUUGCGAGGUGAGCCCAUAAUAUGAAUGACAUUCUCUUCUACCGCUG